AUGGCAGCUCCGAAAUUCUCUAGCCACACUCGUUCAAUUAGUUUGCCUUCUUCUUCUCAUCCUCUUCUUGUGAAUGCUGAGGAGCACCUGCAACGGUUGAAGUCAUCAGAAGCUGCAUCCUCACCUUCACAUUCAUUGGCAUGCCAAAGAUUGGAUGCCCUCAAGAACUUGUACGAGUGUCUGGAUGAUGUGCUUCAGCUGCCUUUGAGCCAACAAGCUCUCUCAAAUGACCAAGAGGUCUUGGAUGGAUCUCUCAUCCUGUUGGACAUUUGUGGGGCAGUCAGAGACAUCUAUUCACAGGUGAAUGAAAGUGUCCAGGAACUCGAGUCAUCUCUACGGAGGAAAAGAAAUGGACAUCUGGCAGAUGAAGUUAACUCAUAUAUGAUCUCCAAAAAGCAGUUGAAUAAAAUGAUCAGCAAAUGCUAUAAAGAGUUGAAGAAAGCAGAAAAGAACUGCAACUUGACAUUAGUAAACAAAGAUUCUGAAAAGGUCCCUUUGGUUGACCUUAUCAAAGAAGUUCGAGAAACAACUCUAACAGUGUUGGAGUCCACUUUAUCUUUCCUUUCUCCAUCAAAGGCUGGAUCUUUGGUCUCGAAGUUAUUACGCAAGAAUGCAUCAUCUAAAGGACACUCCAAUAUUGCAGCAAUGGAACAAAUAGAAAUGGAGCUGCAUCUGUUAAACAAAAACAAGUCGAACGUAGAUGUAGUAAAAGGUCUCGAGGCCUUGGAAUCUAGCAUUCAAGAAUUAGCAGAGAUGCUUGAAAUUGUCUUCAGGCUGUUGCUGAAAACUAGAGUUUCCCUUCUCAAUAUUCUUAACCACUAG